AUGCUUCACCGUACCAAAUACAACCGCUUCAGGAAUGAGUCUGUGACGUCUGUCGAUGAGCUUCUCCAAGGCCUCUCCAUGAACGCCAAGCUCUCGGCCACUCCGGCUUCCUCUGGCGAGCCUCCUUAUACCCCACCAGCUGAGGGGCUCCCCACCGACCCAGAAGAUGGUGGCACCACCCUUUGCACCCUUAUCAACAAGGUGUCCAACUUGAAAUUUGCCAACUCUAGUGGCCUCCUAGGCAUCAAGAGCUUGCCCUCUGCUGUCAAAGACCUGGCCGUGUCCAAACUCCAAGGAGGAGGAGGAGGAGGAGGAGGAGGAGGCUCAGGUAACCCAGGCCCCUUGGCUCCAUCAGCUGCCACAGGCACAGGCUCCUGUGGCUCAGCCUCCACUGGAGCACCGUGCUCCCAGCAGGACACAGCCACUAUGAGUGCAGGCAAAAAGGGGAGGAUGGAGGACAUGCAGCAGGGUGGGGAGGACUGGAACCCCAGUGCUGGGGGUCUGGUGAACAAGCCCCCCAAAGGAUGGCUUCACACCAGUGAGAAGAUAUCUGGACCCGGUGUGACGUAUAUUGUAAAGUAUUUAGGUUGCAUAGAAGUCUUACGGUCCAUGAGAUCCUUGGAUUUCAACACGAGAUCACAAAUAACAAGGGAGGCCAUCAGCCUGGUGUGUGAAGCUGUUCCAGGUGCCAAAGGAGGGCUCCGUAAGAGAAAGCCUCCUUCCAAAGCUUUGUCCAGCAUCCUGGGUAAAAGUAACCUGCAGUUUGCUGGGAUGAGUAUCAACUUAAACAUCUCUACCAGCAGCCUGAACCUGAUGACACCAGAUUCAAAACAGAUCAUUGCUAAUCAUCAUAUGCAGUCCAUUUCCUUUGCAUCUGGCGGAGAUCCAGAUACAACUGAUUAUGUUGCAUAUGUAGCAAAAGAUCCAGUUAACCGCAGGGCAUGCCACAUUCUGGAAUGUUCUGACGGCCUGGCUCAGGAUGUCAUCAGCACCAUUGGGCAAGCCUUUGACCUGCGCUUCCAGCUGUACCUGCAGUGCCCCUCCAGCAAGCUGUCGUCAUUGCACGACAGGGUGUUGAGUAUGGAGGAGUCCCCAUGGACCGAGGAGGACGAGGACGGUCACGAUCAUCCAUACUAUAACAACAUCCCGGGGAAGAUGCCUCCCCCAGGCGGCUUCAUCGACGCCAGACUCAACAGCCAGUCAGCCGCUGGCGCUGAGGGAGGACCGGGUCCAGUAGACCAGACGUACUACCAGGGCAGACCCAUGCUCAUCCAGCAAGGCUCAAGUGACAUAUAUAGUAUGCCAGAAGGGAAAAGUUCAGUACCAAAAACAGGGGAGGCCCCUACCUACGUCAACACGCAGCACAUAGAUGCCCAGGUUCUAGCUGCGCUUCAGGGGGAAUCGGAGCCUUCACCUGAGAGUGGAGGCGGAGUGGUCAACAAAGACAGUCCCCGGAAGGACAUGUUCGAUAUGAAGCCAUUUGAGGAUGCCAUCCUUACACAAUCCCAGGCACCAGGGCUGCACAAGGCAGCCUCCGUGGACAACUCAAGCCCCUUGUUGGUGCGCGCAGUGGCCUUCCGGGCCCAGGAGGAGCUGGAGGGCCAGCCCUGGUACCACCAUGAGAUGAGCCGCAAAGAUGCAGAAAAGCUGCUGAAGGAGGAUGGGGAUUUCCUGGUGCGGAAGAGCACCACUAAUCCAGGCUCCUAUGUCCUCACAGGGAUGCACAAUGGAGUUGCCAAACACCUGCUACUAGUGGACCCGGAGGGCACGGUACGAACAAAAGAUCACAUAUUUGAGAGCAUCAGCCACCUGAUUGGCCAUCACCGUGACAACAAUCUGCCCAUUGUUUCUGCUGGAAGUGAACUGUGUCUGAAACAGCCUGUGAUUAGGAAAUAGUGACACCCCACCCUUAAAAAACAAAACAAAAACAAACAAACAGACAAAAAACUUGCGGGUCACUUCACCCAAACUUGAAACUUGAAGAUGAGAAUGGAGAAUCUCCUAUUGUCAGAGAUUAACUACUGUUUGAUGACCGUGACUUGGUCAGUGAAAUGGUCAUGGGGCAUCUGGCUGGCAAUCCUGGACGAUUUAAAGAGGAUUUGUUGAUAAAAAAUGACAUGAUUUAUAGAACUGUUAUUAUUUUGUUGUGAUUGAAAUUAUAUAUUUUUUGAGAAGACAUAGGUGCAUUUGGACAUACUUGUUGAUUUGGUGUUUUAAAGCAAAAAGGGACAACUGUUAAUACUUAAGCGCAAAUUGACCUCAAGGAGGGAUUAAAAAAAACGUAUUUUAGAAUAACCUAAAAAAGUUUUAGUUUUGUCUAUCAAGCACAACAAGAUUUACACCAUUGUUGGUAUGAGGUAGAGCAGAAAAAUGAAAACAAAAAAAAUACUGUUUGUAUUUAACUAUUUUAGGAUUUGUCCUUAAUUGCAGCUAAUGUGACAAACUCAUUUGGUAGCGUAUCAAAUCACUGUUGAUUCUGCUUUUAUGGAAAAGAUGUGAACGUGUUUGCUUUACAGUAGUUACACAGUGUCAGGCACAUGCUCACUUGCUCUGCACAGGCACACACAUACGAUGAAGAUUCUUUCUCUCU